GAGCAAUAAUGGCAAGAGGUCCACAUGAACCUUUUCUAAAAAAACCAACAAACAAACACGAUUUAAUUAAAUAAAAUUAAAUAAUGAAACUCCCCUUGGAAGAAUAGCAGCAAAUAGACAAAAUCCUUCCCCCGCUUCACCCGCCCCUCACACCUAUCCCAGCCUCCUCCUCCUCCAUCUUCCCCUCUCUCUCUCUCUCCAACAACACGCAGUCACACACUAAAAGCCAGUCGAGAGUGAGAGAAGUGGUUGAAUAAGUGAUAGAAGCAAGGCUGCUUUGCCACCUCACUCACUCCUCAUUCUGUUUUCUUCACUCCACUCAAGAAAUUCCCCAUCUUUCCUAUCUGCUCAUUCUCUUUGGGAAAUUUACUUCUUCCCUCCCUUUUUUUUUAGCUUUUCCUGGCUUGCGAGUUGUAGUUAUUAUCUUUGUAUUCAGAUCUAAUUUUCAUUUUGCCAAAUCCCAUUUUAGACUUUGUGAAUUAGGCUCUUCUGGGUUUGCCCGUUUGUUUUUGGUUCUGGAUCUUCAUUUGACUCUUUUUUUUUUUUUUUAUCCCGUUUCCAAAUGCGGUUACUUUAUCAGGGAAUGUGUUUUGGGACAUCCCUUUUCUGCAAUUUCCAUGUGAGGUUUCAAUGCUGUUGUAGUUAACCAAGUAUUAUUGGAAAAAGACAUUCUUUGCUCAGAAUGUUAACAGGUAAUGGCAACAUUUUUUUUGGUUUGUUAAUUUUCCCAUUUGUGAUAAAUGUGGGUAGAUGCUAAGCAUUUGAGAAGCAGAUCUAAGUGAAAUUAUCAUUCUUGUUGUUCUAUGUGAUGUUUCUGUUGCAAUGGGUGCUGGGUUUUUAAUGAAGUGCUUAAUUGAAUUGAGUAAGCUUUAAUUGAAGUGUUCUAAUUAUGGUAAAUAAACUAGUUUAGCAAGUCAGGUUAAGUGUUUUUUUUCCUAGUUACUUUUGACUUGGCUGUUUAUCUGCUCCCAACUAAACCUUCAUUUCAAAUAUUGCUUUUUUUAGGUAAGAAUUCGCUGCAGUUUUUACUGUUUUCCCUAUAUAAUUAUAAAUUAAUUAUCUCUAUUAUGUUUUGUGACUUUUGUCUCUGUUUUCUUCUGAAUUCCUCUACUGCUUUGAAACAGAGGAAGAUCAUUUUAUGCUGGAUCCAUGCCAUGUGACUUCUGCUAUUGAAAUGUAUUAGCUCAAGUGACAUGGUUUCUUUUCCAAUUCUGUUUUUUUUUUUUUUUCUUUCUGUUGGGAGAUUAAUUGUCUUUCCUGUCACUUUUUGCUUUGAUGAUCACUCCAUUUCCUUGUAUGCUAAGAAUCUUGCACUUUUGAGGCAUAGCAAAUGAUACAAGAAAGCACAAGGGUUUAUCCUUUUUCUUUUCUCAAGAUGCCGUUUUUUAGCCUUUUUGCUGUCAAGGUGUUUCUUUACUCUAUUCUUUUUCAUCUUUCAUAACCAAAAUAACGAUAAUUUUCAUGGUUUUUCCUUUCCAUAUAAUCAGAUUCAGUGAAUCCAAGAUUUGUUCUUUACUUUUUGAGUUUGGCCUGAAAUCGAGUUGUAGUGACCUCUCUCACUUGGAUCACUCUUACCUCCCAUACAUAUUUUUCAUGACUGAAAUUCAUUAAUUAUUCUUGUUGAGCUAUUGUUACGAUUCUUCUUUUUCCUCCCAUUUUAUACCUUUUUCUCACUUGUGUGUUGCGCUUCUAACUUCUGAGUUUGUUUCUAUUUGGAGUCUCAAGAAUUGUUCUGUAAUGUCCAGUUUUGAUUGCUUUAUAUGUAUUUGAGAGCCCACUUCUCUUUUUAUAAUCUGCACCGUGCCUUCUUUUCUUGAUUCUGGCACAAAACUGAAAGUUAUCAUUAUAUUUUUCUCUCUUUUCUUUGGUAGAAAAUCUGUGUAAUUUUCUUGAUUGCGCAGAUUCAAUCUAUAGAGUUUGCCGAAUGCAUUGUAAUGUGUGAGAGAGAAUUGCAUGUUUUUUUUUAAAAAAAAUUAUUUUUACAUCAAAUAAAGGAAAAAAAAUUAUCUUGACAUGGUUUAUUCUGCCGUUCAUUGAUGUGAAAGAAUAAGGUCUACAUUGCUUUUGGUCGAAAAUUUAUUUGGGCAUUUUUCUCCUUAUUUCAUUACUUCUUCUAGUGAUUAACCUCCUUUUUAUUCUUUUUCACUUGGCUGUUUCAAAAGCUUUAUGCAUUACAGACUUUCCUGGGGUUCAAAUGAAUUACUCCCUCUCAAUUAUGAUUUGCGAUUGUUUUAAAAUGCUAUUCUCCAUCAUGAAACAAAAAUUGUGUCCAAGUGUUCUUUCUAAUAAUAAAUACAGCAGGUGUUUUUAUGCCUUAAAAUGUUCUAUUUGCAAGCAUUUUGAUGUAUUGUGUCUCUUUCUUAUGUUCAUAGGGCGCAAAUUCUGUAAAUCAGACCAUCUCAUGAAACUCUGCAGCACCACGUUGCUGUUUUGGCUCGUCUUCAAUGUGUAUCACCUACCUUUAGCACUUGGUGACUCAAAAGGAGAUGAAGGAGCCUUGCUUGCUUUUGCUGCUCAUUUUCCCCAUCACCGGAGGCUCAAUUGGAGUGUUCGUACUUCUUUGUGCAAUUGGACAGGAGUAACGUGUCUCAACAACCGUGUGCAUGCUCUUAGGCUUCCAGCUAUUGGACUCAGAGGUCCAAUACCGAACAAUACACUUGGAAGGUUGGACUCACUGGUGACUCUCAGCCUUAGAGCCAAUCUCCUCAGUGGUACUCUGCCAUCUGAUAUUUCUUCCCUACCUUCUCUUCAGAACCUCUUCCUCCAAUAUAACAAUUUCUCUGGUGAUAUUCCAACUAUGUUUUCUCCUCAGCUCAACAUGUUGGACCUCUCAUUUAACUCCUUCACUGGGAAUAUCCCUCCAUCAUUUCAGAAUUUGACUGAACUUACUACAUUGUCACUUCAAAAUAACUCCCUCAGUGGUGCCAUACCAAAUAUUACGUUUCCAAAGCUCAAGCGUCUGAACUUAGGUAACAACCGUCUCAAUGGAUCUAUCCCAUCUUCUCUACAAAGUUUUCCUAGUUCUUCCUUUUCAGGGAACCUUCAGUUAUGUGGAAAACCUUUAAGUCCUUGCUUUCCUGCUCUUGCUCCUUCUCCUUCCCCUGGUAUCUCUCCGCCUCCUCCAGAACAAAGAAAACACUCCAAAAGAAAAUUCCCUCUAGCAGCUAUUAUUGCAAUUGCAGCUGGAGGUGGUGUGCUUCUCCUUCUUAUACUGAUUAUACUCUUACUAUGUUGUUUGAAGAAAAAACCAAGUGAUGCUGGCAGUGUACUGAAAGGAAAGUCCUCCACUGGUGGGAGAAGCGAGAAACCGAGGGAGGAGUUUGGUAGUGGGGUACAAGAACCUGAAAAGAACAAGCUGGUUUUCUUUGAGGGCUGCUCGUACAAUUUUGAUCUUGAAGAUUUGCUGAGGGCCUCUGCUGAAGUGCUUGGAAAAGGUAGUUUUGGCACCGCUUACAAAGCUGUGUUGGAGGAGGCCACCACUGUGGUUGUGAAAAGGUUGAAAGAAGUAAUUGUUGGGAAGAAAGACUUUGAACAGCAGAUGGAAAUUAUCGGAAGGGUUGGACAGCACCCAAAUGUUGUUCCUCUACGUGCUUAUUACUAUUCCAAGGAUGAAAAGCUUCUUGUCUAUGACUACUUCUCAAAUGGCAGCUUAGCCUCUCUAUUGCAUGGAAACAGGUCUGCUGGACGUACUCCACUGGACUGGGAAACGAGAGUGAAGAUAUCUCUUGGUGCAGCAAGAGGCAUUGCCCAUAUUCAUUCUGUGGGUGGGCCAAAAUUUACUCAUGGGAAUGUCAAGUCUUCAAAUGUCCUCCUCAACCAGGAUCUUGAUGGUUGUGUCUCAGAUCUCGGAUUGGCCCCGCUCAUGAACUUUCCUGUUACUCGAUCUCGCAACGCUGGGUAUCGUGCACCUGAGGUUAUUGAAACCAGAAAGCAUACUCACAAAUCGGAUGUAUACAGCUUUGGCGUCCUCCUACUUGAGAUGCUAACCGGUAAACAACCGAUUCAGUCUCCAGGACGCGAAGACAUGGUUGAUCUGCCAAGGUGGGUACAAUCGGUUGUGAGGGAAGAAUGGACGGCUGAAGUUUUCGACGUCGAGUUGAUGAGAUUCCAAAACAUUGAAGAGGAAAUGGUGCAGAUGCUACAAAUUGCAAUGGCAUGUGUUGCGAAGGUGCCAGACAUGAGACCCAACAUGGAUGAUGUAGUGAGGAUGAUCGAAGAGGUCCGGCAAUCCGACUCAGAGAAUCGGCCAUCUUCAGAGGAGAACAAAUCCUAGAAGACUAAACUGUGCAGACCCCAUGAUUUCUUGGAGGCAUCCUUAUGUUCCUUUUUCUUCUGAUUGCUCCCCCUAUUUGUAACUUCAAAAGGAAUUCAUCUGAUUAGAUAGAUAUUGAUUUUAACGAAUUUCGUGCCUGCUGAGGUUUUGGCCAUCCUUUCUAGUGAGUUUGUGACCAACAUUGCUCGUACAGCUAGUGUUAUUUUCCGUAGGAAUUGUAGAGCAUUCAUUUUUACUGUUUAAAGAUUAAAGUUUGUACCUUUGCAUCAUACACGGAAAACAAUUCUCUGUAGAUUCAUCAAAAGCUGAUUCAUGGUUUCAAGCAGAUCCAUUAUCCAUGACCCUUUUCAUGUCAAUUAUUAUAUUCUAUUUAUCACCUUCCUCCCAAAACUAGUUGGCAUUAUAGUUGUACAAUUAACUCCCAAAACUAGGUGGC